GCCUACUGAUAAAUGUGCACAAUCCUCUCCCUCUCACUGUCUCACUGUCUCACUCCGCCCUCUGCUCAGUUCCAGGCAGCAAUAAAACGAGGCUUCUUUCCUCGAUUCCAAAAGACUGGUCUGGUUCAUCAUCACAGAGCUGAAGUAUGACCCGUCGUGUGGCAGUGAUUGGAGGAGGAAGUUCAGGUCUGGCCUGUAUCAAGUGCUGUCUGGAUGAGGGGCUGGAGCCUGUCUGCUAUGAAAGCAGCAAUGACAUUGGUGGUCUGUGGAGGUUUAAGGAGAAUCCAGAGGCAGACAGGGCCAGCAUCUACCACUCUGUCAUCAUCAACACCUCCAAGGAGAUGAUGUGUUUCAGUGACUUCCCCAUCCCUGCACACUUCCCCAACUUCAUGCACAACUCCCUCAUCAUGGACUACUUUCGAAUGUAUGCUGACCGCUUCCAGCUCACCAAGCACAUUCGCUUUAAUACCAAAGUCUUGCAGGUGAAGCAGAGAUCCGAUUUUUCUAAUUCGGGCCAGUGGGAUGUUGAGACAGAGAACAAGGAUGGCAAAAAGGAGAAACAUAUUUUUGACGCUGUGAUGAUCUGCAUUGGACAUCACUGCCACCCCAACAUGCCUCUGCAUGACUUCCCAGGAAUUGAGACUUUCAAGGGAAAGUACUUCCACAGCAGAGACUACAAGACUCCUGAGGAGUGGAGGAAUAAAAAGGUUGUAGUGAUUGGAAUAGGAAACUCUGGAGGAGACAUAGCAGUGGAACUGAGCAGAGUCACCAAGCAGGUUUUCCUGAGCACGCGAAGAGGAGCAUGGGUUUUGAACCGAGUUGGGAACAACGGGCUGCCCUUAGAUUUGCAGUUUAACAGGGUGACAAAUACUCUGCGGAGUGUCCUUCCGUUUGGUUUUGUCUGUGGUCUAGGAGAGAGAGUGCUCAACCAAAGAUUUGAUCACACUCUCUACAAUCUUAAGCCAAAGCACAGGUUGUUCAGCCAACAUCCCACACUGAAUGACGAGCUGCCGAACCGCAUCCUUUCUGGAACAGUUCAAGUGAAACCCAACGUCCGCAGGUUUCAGGGCUCCAGUUUGGAGUUUGAUGAUGGAAGUGUUAUGGAAGAUGUCGACCUGGUGGUGUUUGCCACAGGUUACACGUUUUCCUUUCCAUUCUUGGCCUCACAUGUGCUCUCAGUGUCUGAGAACAAAACAUCUCUAUACAAGUAUGUGUUUCCUCCUGAGUUGGACCGCCACACUCUGGCUAUCAUUGGUCUAGUGCAGCCACUGGGAGCUAUUAUGCCCAUCUCUGAGAUGCAGGCCAGAUGGGCCACACGUGUCUUUAAAGGCUGUAUCAAGCUUCCCUCAGUGGCUUCCAUGCUAAAAGAUGCCCAGUGCAAGCAGGAGGAAAUGGCUAAACGGUAUGUCACCAGUCAGAGACACACCAUCCAGGUCGACUAUAUCAGCUACAUGGAUGAGCUAGCAGAGCUGGUGGGGGUUCGACCCAAAAUCCCCAGGCUGCUGCUGACUGAUCCCAGGCUAGGACUAAAAGUGAUGCUCGGUCCCUGCACGCCUUACCAGUAUCGUCUCAGAGGGCCAGGGAAAUGGGCUGGAGCCCGUCAGGCCAUCUUUACUCAGUGGGAGAGAGUGGCCGAACCCCUGCAGACCAGGCCCUGUGAUGAGCCCAAACCCAAGAGAUCGUUUAUGUGGCCUCUGAUUCUGUCAGCUGCUGCUGUGGGCUUGGCUGCCUACGUUAACAGGAACAACCUUCCAGCUUUCCUUCAAGAUCCCACUGCACUGUUGGACAAGAUAAAAGCGCACCUGCCUGCACAGUGAUGUGCAAUUAAUGUUUAAUUCCUAUCUGAUGUGAUUAUGACUGUAUAAUACAUACUGACUUUCUGGUAGGAUUAAUAAACUGCAUAGAUAGCAUAAAUCAAUUUUUAAUUUUUUUUUUUAUUUUCUAUAUAAUGUUAAUGGUAAUUUAAACCGAAGCGAUGCAUUAUAUUUCAUAAGUGUAUAUGCCAAAUCUGUAUCUGAAAAGAUGUGGUGACUACAGCUGUGAUAUCAAAUAUA